UCUGGGCACCAAGAAAAACAAAACCCUACCCUAUUCGAUCUCUUCCCACCUGCCCAAGUUCCCUCCGCCAAACGCUUCAAAUCCGAUUCCACCGUAAGUGCCGACCACUCACUCUCGUCUACCACCAACAAUGACUCUUCCUCGGCCGCCUCCACCGACCUCACCGCCCAGCAGAAGCCACGCAUCGAAUUCCAAAGGCUGCUUGCCAAAGCCAGACGCAACCUCUCCAUCUGCUCCGAGAGAGUCUCCUAUUCCAAGUCCAAAUGCGAAGGAGUGAAACUGGAGGAGCUGUUGGUGGAGGAGACGUGGCUGGAAGCGUUGCCGUCGGAGCUUCAGAAACCCUACGCCAAGAACCCCUCUAAGUUCGUUGAGAGUGAACUCUGCGGCGGCGUUCCCAUAUAUCUGCCCACUCACUUGAUCUUCAACGCCCUCAACUCCACCUCUUUCGACAGGGUCAAGGCUGUAAUCCUGGGUCAGGACACGUAUCACUGUCCGGGUCAAGCCAUGGGUCUCUCUUUCUCUGUUCCUGAGGGUGUCAAGGUCCCCUCAAGUCUGGUUAAUAUAAUCAAGGAACUGAACAAAGAUCUUGGCUGUUCAAUUCCAUCUCGUGGCGGUGGGGUAGGGAAGAGAAGGGAGGGAGGUGUCAAGGUCCCCUCAAGUCUGGUUAAUAUAAUCAAGGAACUGAACAAAGAUCUUGGCUGUUCAAUUCCAUCUUGUGGCGGUGGGGUAGGGAAGAGAAGGGAGGGAGGAGGGAGGAGGGAGGGUCGGGAGGGGUGAGGUAGGGCGCCCAGAUAUUUUUUUUUUUAAUUUUUAAUUUUUUUAAAUAUUUUUUUUAAUAUUCACGUGAGCCCAUAUUGACAUCAGUCAUUGUCUGUGGGUGUGGGUGUCACGUUAUCAGUUAACGGCUGAUUUAACAGUCAGACUAAUGAAUGUAUGAGACUGUUCCAAAAUUAAUACUUGAGGUAUGAUUCUGAGAUGAAAAAAACUUCAUGCACCAAAUGUUGAAAACCACGAAACUUGAGGUUAGUAAAUUGAAAACCACGAAACUUGAGGUUAGUAAACUGAGAUAUAACCUAAUAUUUUAAUCAAACACAUGCAUGCCCCUUUACACCAAAAAUGUUUUUUUUUUUCCUUUUAAAAAUGGGAACUUUAACGAAAAUCACUUUAAUGAAAAAUCACAUUUUGACACUAAAAAAUCAAUCAU